AUGUCCUUGGAGAUGUCUCGGACCGGUUUGUUUCUGGGGGUGCUGGCGCUGGCGAGCGCCGGAGGGGCAGCCGCGGCAGAACAGGUGCUUUAUGGGAAACCCGUCCACAGCGAGAAGACCUUCUUGAUAGAGGGGAGAUACUCUGGGAGGAAGCGGCCCAGCCUGAAGGCUAUAGGAGAAAUGCGCAGGAGUAUGGAUUUAGGGGCCCUCGACCUGGAACCCAUGUCAUCCACCAACGGCAAGAGCAGCUUCCCCACCAUGGUGCAACUGUACCCGCCCACCACGGAGAAGGUGUACCAGCCCAUCGCCGAACCCGUCCACCUCAAAGCCAAACUGCCGCUGCGCUUCGGAAGACAGAGUGAGCCGUCGAUCGACAGAAGUCUGAAGUCCACCCCAAACCUGCCGCAGAGGUUCGGAAGAGCAUGCGCAGAAUGUCCUGACGUCGACAACGCUCUGUGGCCGGCCAGCACGCCGCAGCGUUGGCUCAGCGUCAUCAACAGGCCCUACUACCGCUACUAUUUUAGACGGCCUGGCUUCGGCUGGUACUGACCUAAAGACUUUCACACGACUAUCAAAAGGAAAGAACAGUUAUCUGUGA